AUGCCGCUGUUCGAAGACCACGACUGUAUGCUCGCAGAUGCGCACGAAGACGUCGUCAAUCAGUUCGUCCAAAGUGGGAUGUGGAUCACCUUUAGAAGAAAGUUGCGCUCUUUGUGCAUGAUCAGCAGGAGCCAUCCCGAGACGUCGAGGUAUUUUAAAUCUUACUCUGCGUGCCGCAAUGAAGAAGUGAGGCACAUGUUGCGCCACUACUACAUGAUACACCCCUUCAGCGCCUUCUGUUUGUAUUGGGAGUUCUUCAUGUUCUUUUUGUUUACCGCUCUGUACGUGGUUAUUCCUGUAGAUGCGUCCGUAGUAAUAAUGCAAAAAAAAGACUACAUUUAUUAUACUAAAUGCGUUUUGGAUCUGAUGCAUGUAGCUGAUAUGACAAAAAUAUUCUUUACUGGCUACUACCACGAGGAAAAAAGCAAAGUUAUGUUAAGCCCGUCGAAAAUCGCCAAGCGGUACCUGACUAGUUAUUUCUUUUUCGACCUCUUGUCUUGCAUACAUUCCUUCAUGUUACUUAUAAGAUACUUUGUGACAGUCGACACUUUAGUUCUACUGGCCGUAAGGACUCUUGUCUUACUGAAAAUGGUCAGGCUAGGCAGAUGGGUGGAUAUAGCGGAGUUAUUUCGGCAGUAUAACGGUUACUCGAGUUACCUGUUCAAAGGCAUUAAGGUGAUUAUGGUAUUCUUCGUGGUGAUUCUCUGGGCCUUUGCCAUCCAUUUCUUCGUAGGCCAUUACUUCAAACAUUUCAGGGUGCAUUCGGAAGGUGAAUGGGGAAGCGAAAUAUUGGAGAGCUUCUUCGACGCCACCAUGACGCUCUUGCUGGUCAGCAUUUUGCAGGACAACAUAAACGACAUCCCCGAAUACAUCAACGCCAUCCUCUUCCUCUGCUUCGGGUUCGCCUUGCAACUGUUCGUGUACG